UCAAGAUCACAGAAUGGUGUCACAAGCUUAUUAAAGAUCGCAGAAUGGUGUCACAAGCUUAUUAAAAUAACUGUCAUCUUUGCAGAAUACAUGCAACUUUCGUUUGCUAGUAAUAUAGGUGACUGUUUCACCUUGUUGUCCUUUUGCUGCAUGAAAUGUGAGUGGUUAAUGUAAAGGUGAAAUGACUAAACCCUAGGCUCUCACAUGAUAUGGAAUCAAACCUGCUAAGUUGAAUAGUUUUGUGUAAGAAAAAUACUGUUGUGUAAGAAAAAUACUGGCUUUCACCAUGAAUUCAAAAAAUGAUGCACAGAUUGAAGUCUUUACAUAUGAACAUAAAGCAAAGCACUCGAGAUACAUUUUCAAUAUCAAACGAAGCUUCAAUCCUUUCAUUACCGAUAAAUAUUCAGUCAACCUUUAUCAGCCGAAGAUGAAUUUUGAAUGUCAUCCUGGUCCUCUUAAUGCAGCGGUGUUGUUCUUGGACAAGAAUCACCGUGCGUUUGAGGUAUUCAAAAAUCCAACAGCGUAUGAUCAGCCAUUAAAUAUUAGACGAUCAGAUCGAACGUUCUGGCAGCAUAUGAAAGAAAAUCCGGUUGGUGGAAGGGUAGAAGGUUUAAUACAUGCAGCAGGAUUCAACGGGAUACUGCAAAUUGGGUACAAGUAUGUAGACCACGCCUUAAUAACUGCGUUGGUUGAGAGAUGGAGGCCAGAAACUCACACGUUUCACCUUCCUUUUGGAGAAACGACUGUGACAUUACAGGAUGUCAACGUGUUGUGGGGGCUACCAAUAGAUGGGUUGCCUAUUUCUGGGGUUGACAUUGGUAUGUCGAUGUAUGCUGUACGAGACAAGUGUCAACAGGUGUUGGGGUUUACCCCUGCGGAAGCUGAUGUGAAGGGCAAAAGGGUUAAGUCCCUCCGAGUUUUAGAACAAAUAACAUCAUCCAAUUUUUCUGAAAAUGAAGCAUCAGAUGAAGAUUGCAUUUUUCGUGCACGUCAAAUAAUAUUUUAUUUGAUAGGGUGCACAAUCUUUCCUGAUAAUGCAAACCACCUGAUUGAUGUCAAAUUUUUAGAAUUUCUCGUAGACUUGCCCGCAUGUUCGGGAUAUAGUUGGGGCAGUGCUGUGUUAGCUCUCCUUUACAAAAACCUUUGUAAUGCUGCAGCACCUAAUGCUAUAGCCAUUACUGGGUCAGUUGCGCUUCUACAAGUGCGGGUUUGGGAGAGGUUUCGUUGUUUUGCUCCUGCUGUUGGCCUGUUCCAGUACAAUGCCCCAUUAGCUGCUCGGUAGUGUGAAUUGGAAAUAAUUAAAUUUAUUAUUUGGUAUCUAUAUAACACUAUGUUAUUUUUUUGUUUAUCCUUUUAGGUGGAAGGGAAGCUUAACGUGUACAGAUGUUUCCACACAUUGCCUGAGAACAUAUAGAUCUCAGCUGCAAUCUAUGACCGAGGCAACGUUUAAUUGGAGACCAUACGACGACAUUGUGGGUAGACUCCCCGAUAUAUGUCGGAGUGGUAUGGGAAUUUGGCGGAGUUGUUGCCCUCUGCUAUGCUACUCGGUUGUGGAGCAUCACUAUCCUCAACGAGUGAUGAGACAGUUUGGCAUGUUCCAGUAUAUACCUAACCCAAUUGCCAUAGAUCAUAAUGAGCAUGUCAGGCUUCAUUCCAUGAACCGGAGCGGGAAAACCGGCUGGAACUGGUUAAGUCGUUACGCACCGUAUGUUUGUCAGUGGGAGGCACGUCAUCGAAACGUGGUCACCGGGGAACUCAUGACAUCUGUUGGAGUUGCCAAUGAUUACAUGUCGUGGUACAUGGAACAUACCGUGUUAUAUGUGUCUAACCCACAGUUGUCAGCUGGCCCUAUGAU